AUUCAGGCCCUUCGUGCCACACAUUCCCUUUGACUUCUAUGUGUGUGAGAUGGCCUUCCCUCGCGUGAAGCCUGCAGCUGAUGAGACGGCAUUCAGUGAAGCCUUGCUGAAGAGAAACCAGGAUCUGGCUCCAACUGCAGCCGAGCAGGCAUCCAUCCUGUCUCUGGUGACUAAAAUAAACAACGUGAUUGACAACUUGAUAGUGGCGCCAGGAACUUUUGAAGUGCAAAUUGAAGAAGUCCGCCAGGUGGGAUCCUACAAGAAGGGUACCAUGACAACAGGGCACAACGUAGCUGAUUUGGUGGUGAUCCUGAAAAUCCUGCCUACCUUGGAAGCAGUUGCUGCCUUGGGAAACAAAGUGGUGGAAAGUCUAAGAGCCCAGGAUCCUACUGAAGUCCUGACCAUGCUAACCAACGAAACUGGUUUUGAGAUUAGCUCAGCUGAUGCUACAGUGAAGAUCCUUAUUACAACUGUGCCACCCAACCUCCGCAAACUGGACCCAGAGUUGCAUUUGGAUAUCAAAGUGCUGCAGAGUGCCCUGGCUGCUAUCAGGCAUGCUCGCUGGUUUGAGGAGAAUGCUUCCCAGUCCACCGUGAAAGUCUUGAUUCGACUGUUGAAGGAUUUGAGAAUUCGCUUCCCUGGUUUCGAGCCCCUCACUCCAUGGAUCCUCGACCUGCUGGGGCACUACGCUGUGAUGAACAAUCCCACCAGGCAGCCCCUGGCUCUCAAUGUGGCUUACAGGCGCUGCCUUCAGAUCCUGGCUGCUGGGCUCUUCCUCCCCGGCUCUGUCGGAAUCACUGACCCCUGUGAGAGUGGGAACUUCAGAGUCCACACGGUCAUGACCCUUGAACAGCAGGACAUGGUGUGUUACACUGCACAGACGCUCGUCCGGAUCCUCUCGCAUGGAGGCUACAGGAAGAUCCUGGGACAGGAGGGUGAUGCCAGCUACCUGGCUUCGGAAAUGUCCACUUGGGAUGGCGUGAUAGUGACGCCUUCUGAGAAGGCAUAUGAGAAGCCCCCGGAGAAGAAGGAAGGAGAAGAGGAAGAGGAGAAUCAAGAAGAGACAGCAGCAGGAGAAGAGGAGGAAAGCAUGGAGACUCAAGAAUGAACCGUCCAGGGUACGUCCAGCCUGUGGACAGGAACAGAGGCCAGGCUGUCCUCCCCUGCAGUGAGCAUCGGAUCCCACCACAUCACCCCACCUCAGCCAACACUUGUAUUUUGUUGUGGUUUUUAUAGUUUAACAUUAAAAAGUUCUGCCCUUUUA